AAAGAAUUACAAAAUCAAUACUAUAAAAAAAAAAAACUCCACUUUGAAUAUCUUCUUCAUUUCAAUUGUGACUAAAAGCUUGUACUGUGUUUUAGAAGUCAAACUUGGAUCAGAGGUCAAAAAGUCAGUUGCGAGAAUUGUGAAUAGCCAUGUGCAUUUUAUUCAUCUAUCGCAAUCCCAAUGCUGAUGUUAAAUCUUAUCGAUUGAUAGUUGCAACAAAUAGAGAUGAAACUUAUAAGCGUCCUGCAGCAUCCGCUCACUAUUGGAAGGAGCAUCCUGAAUGUUUAGGAGGUAUCGACAUGGAACCUGGUAGAGAGGGAGGUACCUGGUUGGCUCUAUCGAUGAAAGGGAAAGCUGCGGUUAUUUUAAAUUUAGUUGAUAAGGAAAACAAGCUGAAUUCAUCAAAGAAGAGUCGUGGUUCUCUCAUAAGCAAUUUUGUUACUUCCGAUGAUUCUAUAGAGACUUAUGUGGACCAAUUGCACAAAGAAAAUGUUAACGGACAACCAUACAAUCCUUAUAGUUUGGUCUUCCUAAAUUUAAGUAAUGCAAAUAUACAUUAUCUAAGUAGCGAUGUAAACUCUACUCCCCAAAUGUGUAACAGUGACAUUAUAGGUGUUGGAAACAGUGGAAUCGAAUGCCCUUAUAAAAAAGUUGAAGUGGGCAAAGAAGAAUUUAAACAUAUAAUAGAGAAUGCAAAUGUAUCGAAACAAAAUAGUCUUAUCGAAGAACUUAUUAAUUUAAAGUCACGGAAAAGAUGUCUACCAGAUCCUGAGUUACAAAAGAACAAUCCGACAAUAUAUGAAGAGCUUAGUUCAAUUUUUGUUGCUGGAAAUGAAUAUGGCACGAGGACACACUCCAUAUUAUUGGUUGACGGCUCAAAUCAUGUAACAUUUGUUGAAGAGACUCUCAUGUCCGAUUCUACAUGGAAGCGACAGCAGUUUCAAAAUGAAUUAAUAUCUGAUGAUAUAUAUUGAUAUUCAAUUUAAUAUUUUAGAGAGUUAUUUAUGUAAAAUAACAUAUUUUAUUAGCACUAUUUCUAUCAAUGAGGAAAAAGAUUAAAGAAUAGUGGAUUUUGAUAUAACUAUUUGUACUUAAGAUAAUUUUUUUAUUCUUGAAAUCUUAUCAAACAUAUAAGUCAUGUCAAUUAAUAUUAUAUGAUAAGAGAAGAGAUAUUGCAUGUAUGAUACAUACAUAUUACCAAAACUUGAUAAUUUAGAAAGAAAUUUUAAACUUAACUAUGUUGCUAACAUAUUUUU